AUGUUUGCCGACAUACAAAAGACUCCAACACCAGAUGAAAAUAUUCAGCAUAGAAUGGAAGUACUGAAAGAAAAUGUACACAAAUACAACAACCCUUUUUACUUACGAGCAUUUAACGUUCAAUCUUCGGAUGAACUCGGUGAAAAUAAAAGGUUAAAUUUCAAGAAAACAUAUAGAAAUGAAACAUUGUUUAAAGUUCAUUCAGAACCUAACCAAGAUGGAAACAAACCUACUUUUGUUUCUGCAGACGAUGGAACUACAAUGAGAUGGGGUCAUAAAGCUAAUCCAGAUAGGUGGUUCAUAAACUUACAACCACAAUUCCAAGAAGUUGUAGACGCAAUGGAAGUCAAUGGUGAACGAGAUAUAGCUGGUAUUUUAAGCGCGGCUUUAAUGCCAUUGAAAGAUAUGAAACAUGCAGAUAUUUUGGACCAGUAUGAAAUGAACAUGGCUGAUGGAAAUAUAACACCUGACGUUCUAGAACAUUUAUCUCAAAGAACUACACAGAACCAUAGAGAUGGUAUAUUUGGUGAAGAGUUUAGAAAGAAAGUUAGGGAGAGAGAAGGAAGAGAACCUAUUGUACAUGACCUUGCAAACGAAAGUUUGCAAAAUGUCAUAAAAACUUACUUUGCAGACAAUGAACCGAGAAGGGAUGAAUAUUUAAGAAAACUCAAAUGGACAGUACCAAAUGAAAUGUUAGUAUUGAAAAACAUGUUCCUUGACAAAAUAAAACCAACUACAGAAAUAAACGACGCAAGACUGAAAGAUUGGGUAAAAGCUUUCCCAUUCACAAAAGAUAUAGUUGGUAACAUGGAAAGAAAACCAGAAUGGCUACAAAAACAUAUAUUUGGAAACGAGCUUAUUCCAUAUGGACAGGCACU